AAAACUCAUAGAAACUAUGUCAAUAAAUUGUUCUUUUUUCUAUUUUCAGUUGAAAUAUUUUCUGGGUUGAUGAUUGAAUGUAUUUUGACUUGAUACUAUCAAAUUUAUCCCAAUAUUUAUAGUUUAUCAUUUUGAUCUCAACCUUUAUCAUUUGUUGUUUCAAUUCAUCAAUUCUAUUAUCACUUUCUCGUGGCAAUUUUAUUAAGCAUUUUAGAUAAUAAAAAUAAAGGGAACCUCAUAUUUUUGAAAAGGUAAUUAUUUAAAAAUGAAAUGAAAUAAAAUUAAUUAAUGAAUAUAUUAUUGUUGCAGCGGUUGAGACGUAAAGGCGGGGAGCCUUUGUUUUAUUAUUUGAACUGAAUUCAGCACCAGAAAAGCAAAAAUCACUCUCAUGGAGGAGAAAGAAAGCCUAAAUAUCACACACACUCACACGCAUUGAAUAUGAAUAUUUGUUUUGAUUCAUCGAAUAAUUUUAGGAAUUGGGUGUGAAAAAAUCUAUGGUUACUUCACCCUUAAUGUGUUUGCGAUAUUGCCUCACCGAAUCAAACAAUUUGCUUCUUUUAAUUCUGCUUCAAAACCUCAAGGAAAGAAGUUCGGCUGAAUUUGACAGGUAUUUUUUUUAAUCUCUGGAGCUGUGGGUGAAUUGUUCUUGUAUCUACAUUUUAAUUGAUGUUUUGAAUGGCUUUUGUUUGGUGAGAAAAAAUGACGAUCCUUUAGAUUAUUUGCAUCCAAUUACGUCAUUUAGACAUUCCAGCUGGUGUAGCGACAUAGACAUGCCAGGUCUCAGCCUAAGUAUUUAGAGUUUCUAGGAUGUUAAGGAUGGGAAGAACGAGGCUAAAAAUUGCGUACAUUUGGUACUUGGUGUGUUUUUUUGCCGUAUAUUGUGAUGCAGAUGAUGCAAAUGAGAUCAAUAUAUGGCCAAUGCCAGUUUCUGUGAGCUUUGGCUCUGGAAAUCUCCAUCUCAGCAAUAACUUCGAGCUCAUAACCGAAGGAAGCAAGUUUGCUGAUGCUUCUGGGAUUCUCAAAGAGGCGUUCUCUAGAACAAUUGAUAUUGUCAGAUCAAGUCAUGUUGUUGAAUUAGAUACUUCCAAGAUCAAACCUUCCUUGGUGCUCAAAGGAAUUCAUGUAGUUAUUUCAUCUCCUUCUGAUGAGUUGCAAUAUGGCAUUGAUGAGUCGUACAAGCUGAAUAUCCCUGCUCAGGGAAAUCCAAUUUAUGCCCGCAUUGAGGCUAAAACUGUUUAUGGAGCUUUGCAUGGGCUGCAGACGUUUAGCCAAAUCUGUAGCUAUAGCCUUUCAUCAAGAGGGAUUUUGGUCCAUCAAGUUCCAUGGACUAUUGCUGAUCAGCCAAGGUUCUCGUAUCGAGGCCUUUUGAUUGAUACAGCCAGACAUUAUCAGCCCUUACGAGUGAUAAAGAAAAUUAUUGAUGCAAUGGCUUAUACUAAACUGAACGUUCUGCAUUGGCAUAUCGUGGAUACACAAUCAUUUCCUCUUGAGAUUCCAUCAUAUCCAAAGUUGUGGGAUGGCUCUUUUACAAUUUCUGAACGCUACACAGUUGCUGAUGCUGCAGAGAUUGUGAGUUAUGCUAAGAAACGCGGGAUUAAUGUGUUGGCUGAAAUCGAUGUUCCUGGCCACGCAGAAUCCUGGGGGUUCGGAUAUCCUUCUCUGCGACCUUCAGAAAAUUGCACGGGGCCUCUUGAUGUUAGUAAUGAUUUUACCUUCAAAUUAAUUGAUGGAAUUCUUUCGGAUUUUAGUAAGAUCUUCAAGUUUAAAUUUGUUCACCUCGGAGGCGAUGAAGUCGAUACUAGUUGCUGGAUCCUAACUCCUCAUGUGAAAAGUUGGUUACAAAAACAAGGGAUGGGUGACUCAGAUGCUUAUCAGUAUUUCGUGUUGAGAGUGCAAAAACUGGCAUUGUCCCAUGGCUAUGAAGUAAUUAACUGGGAAGAGACUUUCAAUGAAAUUGGAAGUAAGUUGAACCCCCAAACCGUGGUACAUAAUUGGCUUGCUGGAGGUGUUGCUGAAAAGAUUGUUAAAGCAGGACUGCGCUGUAUAGUGAGCAACCAAGACAAAUGGUACUUGGAUCACGACAUUCGUUGGCAAGAUUUCUACUCCAACGAGCCACUCGAAAACAUCACAAACCACCAGCUGCACAGUCGUGUCCUUGGUGGCGAAGUGUGCAUGUGGGGCGAGCUAAUUGAUGCCGCCGAUAUCGAGCAGAUGGUGUGGCCCCGGGCUGCAGCAGCUGCUGAGAGGAUGUGGACGAGUUACGACAAGCUUGCCAAGGAUCCAAGUGAUGUAAGGAGCCGAUUGUCGCAUUUUAGGUGUCUGCUGAAUCAACGGGGGGUAGCUGCUGGUCCGUUGGAAGGAUUAGGCAACACGAGACCGUUUGGGCCCGGUUCUUGUUACACAAAAUGAGUAGCAGUUGUGGAUUUUUCUUUAAAAGAUCAGUAGUCCUCUAAGUUAACUAUAUUUCUGCACCAGACCCGUCAUUGGUUCUUGUUAGGUUAUAUUUGUACUGAUCUAGCGUAAAACUAAGUUACUUGUGCUAAUAAUUUUGAUCCCUCUCAAUUUA